CACUUUAGAAUUUAUUCUUAUUUUAUACGGUAUAUAAACCGAGCACCAUAAAAUCAGUCUAAUCAUUUGCCAAAGAAGGUACUUAAAUUACUUCUAAAUAAAGUUUUCAAGAUUAUUGCGAAAGAAAUGCACUCUUCUAUUAUGAAAUCCUAUUUAGUCUUCAGUUCAUUAAUUUUGGUUGCUUAUACUGCCCCACAAGUUGUAGAAUUAAAGCCACUGUCGGCUCAACUGAAUGCAGAAUCAAGAGCGUACGCGGCCGCUUACCCGUACGGGGCAGCUCAAAUAGGUACAGCCAUCACGAAAACUGUACAUUACGCUGAUACUCCAACGGUGGUUGGAUAUGCGCCCACCGUAUACAAACCUGACUUAUCAGCGUAUGCCGCUGGCUCUUUCCCACAAGUUGAACAACUUCGUCGGUUCAAUCCCGGCGUCCGACAAGUACAAACUGUUGUACCAAAAGUAACGGCAGUCGAGCCAUCCGUGGUAGUCCAAAAAGUGCCAUAUGACGUCCAAGUGCCAGUACCAGUCGAGUACAGACCUUCCGUCGCAGUCGUUACUAACGACGUAGCCCCACCUCCUUAUUAUUAUACUUACGUUCAUGAUCGUAAAUGAAGUCACAAAAGUAAAAUAGUGUAGUUUUUAAUAUUUAUUUAUUUAUUUAUCAUUUGUGUAAUGAACAUUUUGUUAUUUUAUAAUUUACAAAUAAACUGUCAUAUAAUUUAAUAAUAACGUAUAAUAUAUUUUACAAAUUAUUUAAGAACACAUUUUUCUUUGUAUUGUUUGUCUUUAUAAACAAAUUCUGCCAUUAUUUUCAAUUCAUAUUUUCAAAUCAUAUUUUCAAUUAAAAGAAAGUAGGAAAUGCUGCAUAUGGAGCGAAGUAUGGUGUAGCUGGUGCAGCGGUAUAGGCAGCUGGAGCAUAUGCUGGAGCAGCGGCAUAAGCAGCAGGUGCAGCAGCAUAAGCGGCGGGUGCUGCAUAGUAUGGUGCUGUUGCUGGAACAACUGGUGUGGCAACAGAAUGAGCGACACUGUGAGACGUAAAUGAACUAGCAUAAGGUGCUGCUACAGCUACUGGAGCAACAGCAGGAACUAAUGCAGCGGCCGGAGCAGCAGAUGAUGUCAUUGAACAGGCCAAAAUGGAAGCAGCAAUAAGAACCUUUUGAAUAUGAGCACAGUCACAUUAAAUAAUACAAAUUUUUAUUUGUAGAUUCAUAUGAAUCAACAUUUUUAAUUAUAAAAAUUAAGAUAUUUAAAUAUAGUUUUGCUUAUUUAUA